AUGGGCAAGAAGCGCGUGCUCGUCAGUUAUGGCGUCGAUGUGGACGCGGUCGCUGGUUGGCUGGGAUCGUAUGGAGGAGAAGACUCCUCAAACGACAUCAGCAGAGGCUACUUUGCGGGAACCAUUGGCGUCCAAAGGGUUCUCAAGCUGCUUGCCAAAUAUGACAUCAAAGCGACUUGGUUCAUUCCCGGACACAGCCUUGAAACGUUUCCAGAAGACAUGGCCGCGGUUCGAGAUGCAGGCCAUGAGAUUGGUCUCCACGGCUACUCGCACGAAAACCCAACUGAUAUGACGAUUGAACAGCAAAGGGAGAUCCUUGACAAGACGUAUCGAAUGCUUACAGACUUUGUGGGCAAGCCUCCUAGAGGCAGUGUUGCUCCGUGGUGGGAAACAAGCAAGGAGGGUGCACAACUCCUGCUUGAUUACGGUAUCGAAUAUGACCACAGUAUGAGUCACCAUGACUGCCAGCCGUACUACCUGCGGACUGGUGAUGAAUGGACCAAGAUCGACUACAAGAAGAAACCUAGCGAAUGGAUGAAGCCGCUCGUCAGGGGCCAAGAGACCGGGCUAGUAGAACUUCCGUCCAACUGGUAUCUGGACGACCUUCCGCCCAUGAUGUUCAUCAAAGACGCACCCAACAGUCACGGCUUCGUCAAUGCGAGAGAUGUGGAGGACAUUUGGAGAGAUCACUUUGACUACUUCUAUCGCGAGUACGAUGAGUUUAUCUUCCCAUUGACCAUUCAUCCAGACGUAUCGGGCCGUCCACAUGCCCUCUUGAUGCAUGAGAGACUUAUUGAGCACAUGAAGAAGCAUGAGGGUGUUGAGUUCGUUACAAUGGAGCAGAUAUGUGACGACUUCAAAGCAAGGACAGCGCCUUCACCGGGAGCCAUUAUGCCCGCAGAGCGAGGCGCUAUUCUCAAGAAGUCACCAUGA